AUGGAUGAGAGUGAUGUUAUAAUUUCUUCCACGGAGAUAUUAAAAGAUAGAUUAUACUUCGCCACCCUUAAAACCGGAUACAAGCCGAAACCCACACGCAACAGUAAAUAUUUCCACAUCGAAGAUGAGAUCGUCUACGAGAAUUUCUACUUCGACUUUGGACCUUAUCACCUGUGCCAUUUGUAUCAAUUUUGCAACAAGCUCAACGAAGAGCUGGAGAGAAAUCCCAAGAAGAAAAUCGUCUUCUACACCAGCAACAAUGAGACGCUUAGGCUUAACGCCGCGUACCUCAUUGGGAGUUAUCAGAUAAUAUAUCUCGGUUCUUCCCCGGGCGCAGUGUACAAACAGUUAACGGAGGGUACCUGGACGUUACUGAACUUUCGAGAUGCUUCCGGGGGUCAGGCUCUGUUCGAUAUCUCGUUGCUGGACGUCUUACAGGGCAUAAGAGUAGCUCAUGAUGCUAGAUUCUUCGACUUUGAUCACUUUGAUGCGGAACAAUAUUUGUUCUAUGAGAAAGUGGAAAACGGUGAUCUAAACUGGAUUAUACCGGAAAAAAUGCUGGCAUUCUCCGGUCCCCACCACAGGUCGCGAUUGGACCGGGGCUACCCCCUCCACAGCCCCGAGCACUACCACGAGUAUUUCAAGAAGUACCACGUAACCACCAUAGUGAGGCUGAACAAGAAAUCGUACGAUGCGCGGCAGUUUACGUCGCAGGGAUUUGAACAUAGGGAACUGUUCUUUGUGGACGGUUCUGUGCCGUCAGACCUCAUAGUCAACAGGUUUAUAAGAAUUUCUGAGGCCGCUAAGGGAGCGGUUGCAGUACAUUGUAAAGCCGGCCUUGGCCGUACGGGGACACUGAUAGCCUGCUACAUGAUGAAGCACCACGCGUUUACGGCGAGGGAAGCUAUCGCCUGGCUGAGGAUCUGCAGACCAGGCUCCGUUAUAGGACACCAGCAGUGGUUUCUUGAAAAUAUUCAACCUCGCAUGCACGCAGAAGGCGAAGCGUACCGAAGACGUCACAACAUAACCUCUCUGCCCGUAUUUACAAGGGGUAUCUACAGCGAUCUACCCCCCGAGCCGCCAGCACCUGUUGCGCCGGCCCAUGAAAAACCCGUCUCGCUACAGACUAUACUACAUGCGAAAAAUGCUAAUACUAAUUCUAACAAGCUCGACAAUGCAAACGCGUUAAACGCAAACGAGACGGACAGAGAGAACAACAUAACAUCAGUGAUCGGAAAAUACAAAACCACCACUUCCCCAAUGUUGCCAGCUAAAGUAUUCACACCGAAGAUGAACUACAUGCUCCCAACUAACAACAUACGCAACGCGAACAACACAAAUCUCAAACCGCAACCGCGAAUAAUCAACUCGACCUUGAAAUCUCACUAUGCGGCCAAAACCUCCACCUUCCCCCCCACACGAGGUGCCAAUUCCCAAGCCAAACUCACCGGGGUAAAAGCCCAGUUCACUGGCAAAAAUAGUUUCCACGGCCGAGCGAAUCUCGCCAGACCCGCAAACUAUACACACGGUGCCAGUCCGAUCAAAACGUUCACAAGAAAAGCUAUCAGCGUCACAAAAAUCUCGAACGACACGAAUACUACUACAACGAUCAACAGCGUGACAACUACCCUCUCAGCGUUGACGGAAAACUGUCAUUUGAACGGAAAAAACCGUCUACCCUCCGAGACGAAUCUCAAGCCCGCCCCAAAAACCCCCGUAGCCAAUACCGCGAGGAAGAAGUUGAUAGUUCGCUCCAACUCCAGUUCGCGAAAGAAGCUUCCGAAGAGCGUCACAAAGAGCAGCCUCGAAGCGAGCCAGGAGCUAUCUUCGAGCGACACAAAUAUAACGAACAUUUCCGUCGAUUCCUUGGACUCUCCGUUUCGGUUUAGACGGAAACGGGAUAAGUCGAAGAGUCCAGAACCGAUGGACACAAUAUCGAAUUCCAUAAUAACAGCAGAUGUAACCCCAGAGAACUACGAAGAGUCCACGAACUCGCAGGGGAACAAACUGUACAAAAUAAAGGCGUUGCGAAAGAAGUGUCCCGCUUUUGGGGUCAGUUUGUUGAAGAAGGACGGCGUUCAGACGCGUUCGAGUAGUUGUGCUAGCGGUUCGACGGUACGGAAGAAAUGA